CCCUGUAGAAGAGUUUGGUCGUGCUUUUGCCUUCUAAAAAUUUUUUUGACGAGCGGUAUGGGUGGUGGGACCACGCGCGUCUGUGGAUUGGAAGCAAUUGUUGUUCUCCGUCGUCCAGCUGGACCGAUGGUGGUUGGACAGUAUAGGAAGCACAGUUACUCUCACUGUGAUUCUUCAGCUCGUGUAACUGAACGAUUCCACUGCAGGCUGGACAGUGGAGGAGGAGUGCGCCCACAACCUUCAGGAUGACGUCUGAUACUGGUGAUAGAUGGGAGUUGAUCUGUGCAUCGUCCUCUAGCUGGGGACGUGUACUAGGCGGAGAGAGAAAG